AUAAAGCCACCCAACUCUUCAGUUCUUCUAUUUAUUUGUCCUGUACUUCAGAUCACUUUUUAUGAAGACAAAAAUUUUCAAGGCCGCCGCUAUGACUGUGAUUGCGACUGUGCAGACUUCCACGCAUACCUAAGUCGCUGCAACUCAAUCAGAGUGGAAGGAGGCACCUGGGCUGUGUAUGAAAGACCUAACUUUGCUGGGCACAUGUACAUCUUACCUCAGGGAGAGUACCCUGAAUACCAGCGUUGGAUGGGCCUCAAUGACCGCCUGGGGUCCUGCAGAGCUAUUCAUCUGACUAGUGGAGGCCAGUAUAAGAUUCAGAUCUUUGAGAAAGGAGAUUUUAAUGGUCAGAUGUAUGAAACCACUGAAGACUGCCCUUCCAUCAUGGAGCAGUUUCACAUGAGAGAGAUCCACUCCUGUAAAGUGCUGGAAGGUGUCUGGGUUUUCUAUGAGCUACCCAACUACCGUGGCAGACAGUACCUCCUGGACAAGAAGGAGUACCGGAAGCCCAUCGAUUGGGGUGCAGCUUCUCCUGCUGUCCAGUCAUUCCGCCGCAUUAUGGAGUAAUGACGUGGAUGGGGCCAUAGGUUUUUUCCUGAGGGCCAAAUACUGGCUGGCCUCGUGGUCAUAAUAGGCAUCAUAAAUAAAAACAAUUGGCAAGCAUCCCA